GGCAAGUUUCAUCAUGGAAGACUCUAGUUUCGCUCGUUGCCUGCCAUUCAUGGCUGUGUUCAUCGGUGUCUUCUUCAUGUUCAUCCUUGGUACGACGCAGGGAAACACAUUGUCCGAUGCAUGCGACAAAGACUGGCUUCGCUACAAAGACUACUGCUACUUUUUCUCUACGACCCACAUGAAUUUUAUGGAAGGCAGAGAUUUCUGCAAGUACCGAGGAGCCGACUUGGCCAGCGUUCAUCACGACACCGAAAGAAUAUUUUUGGAUAAAAAUCGACCGAGGGGUCAGAGGAGCUGGGUGGGAUACAACGACCUCGCUUCUGAGGGUCACUUUGUGUGGACCGACGGAACAACGAGUUAUUAUAACAACUGGGCUCCCGGAUUGCCGUAUGACUUUGGUGGCGAGGACUGCACCUACAGUGACCCAGAUUUCUAUGGAUCCAAAGGGAACUGGAAUGACGUCUCGUGCUUUCAGAGAUACUAUCCCAUAUGCAAAAAGCGAAUAACAGCGUCAAGCUGUAAUGACAAACCUUGUCAAAAUGGGGGAGUUUGUGAAAGCCUCUCAAAUGGUGGCUACCAGUGUAAAUGUAAAACUGGCUACUCAGGAAAGGAUUGCGAGCAAGACGACUUCUGCAAGACUGAAUGGCACCACUUUGGAGAUUUCUGCUAUCUUUUCAGGGAUGAAUACAAAUUUUUCGGCGAUCGACAUACUUGGGACGGAGCUCAAAGCAAGUGUGAGUCCUACGGAGGAAACCUUGUCAGCAUCCACAGCAAGGAGGAAAGCGACUUCAUCUUCGAGCACAUGGGCUACAGUGAGGGUCGCUUUUGGAUUGGAUUCACGGACAAAGCAAAAGAUGGCACAUUCAAAUGGAGCGACGGGACAAAGACAGACUAUUUGAACUGGAGGCCAGGAACACCCAAGGAUUCUGAGAACGAAGACUGUGCGCACGUCGAUCCCAUGUACUUUGGCUCACAAUGGUCUGAUGUCACUUGCUCCAAAUAUUAUGGCUAUGUGUGCAAGGAUACUAUAAAGAUGUGUGAAAAACACCCGUGUCUGAAUGGGGCUUCUUGUGUUGAUAUGGUUCAAGACUACCGGUGUAAAUGUCUCCCCGGCUUCGAGGGAAAGAACUGCGAGACCAACACUGACGAGUGUGCACAGACAACAUGCCCACCAGGUCUUAUCGGGGUGGACGGUAUCAACUCGUGCUGCUGUGUCAGCGACUCGCCCAUUGACUGGCCAUGAAGAUUGAACUGGAAAUGUGUCCGGACGAUCCCAACCCUGUAACAAUUUCAUCAAAUAAUAGUUUCUUGAAAAAACAAAAACAUCAAGAACGGAAACAGGUUUUGUACACCUCUCUAUUCAAACAAACCAUUCGCCCGUGAAAAAAAAAAGAAUAAAGAAAAGAAUGAAGUCAAAUAAAACAAUUCCUUUUAAAAAUAAAAACAAUUAAAACCACCCUGUAAAACCAUGAGAUAUUUGUACCAGUUUUUAUGGUAUCCUUAAGAUGGAAACCGAUAUACCACAUGAAGAUGGAUUAACCUAAAACUUUUUGUGGGUCUUUAAUCAACCAAUGUUGGAUUAUAUUUUGUUCUAAACAAAACUGCCGGACAAUACUUUCUCUUUAAUCCGGCUUUACUGGGGUUAUGGUCAUAUUCUGGAUCUGAUUUUAAAGUUUAUGCUCGUUUCCCAGUUCAAGAGAAAAAUAAUGCUUAUCCAAUCUUCCAAUUUUAUGCUGCCCACAAUGAUCAGAUGGAGUCUACCAUCGACUGACAUGAACUUUUUGUUUUUCUUUAUUAAGGGUAGGCUACCUCAUAAAUCUAUAGACAAUCUAAAUUUCCACUUUCAAAACAAAAAAUAAGAUUAGUGUUGAUAAUUGAAGAAAUAAAACUAGGAGGAAACAAAUUCAAGCUUUUGAUCCAAAACACAUAAAUAUUAAACAUUUUGAACAGUAAAUUUUUCUCAUCAAACGUAAGAUUGUAUUAAGUAUUAUUCGUGACAAAUAAAGAAUGUUUCA